ACUGAAAGCCACCAUCAAAACAGAGCAAAGCGUCAAGAACCAUGCUGUUCAUGUGGAAUUGGUCCAGCAGGACCAGCAGGACCCCCUGGCCCGGAUGGUGAACCAGGUAUGGAUGGGCGUCCUGGUAGGCCUGGCUCUCCGGGAAUGGAUGCUCCUGACCAUCUAGCCGUACCUAAGCCCAGCGAUUUCUGCUAUGAAUGUCAGCCAUCACCUCCGGGCCCACCUGGCAUGGCUGGUCCUAUGGGUCCCAUGGGUCCACCUGGACCACCUGGAGAGAUUGGUCCGCCGGGUUCUCAGGGACCUCGUGGAAAUCCAGGUCCUGCAGGACCACCUGGAAAAGAUGGAGAACCUGGUGAGCGAGGACCACCUGGAAUUGCGGGAAAUAUUCGAACACUACCAUCCCCAAUCGGACCUCCUGGUGAACAAGGAGAGAUGGGACCUCCUGGCCCUCCCGGACCAGAAGGUCCUCCCGGACGUGAUGGACAUCCUGGCGCGGCUGGACCCCAAGGCGACAAUGGCCCCGACGGAGCAAAUGGAAAAGAUGGUGAAAACGGUGCUCCGGGUGCUCCUGGCAAGGACGGUAGCAAAGGAUCAUGUGAUCAUUGUCCGGUACCUCGUACCCCUCCUGGUUACUAA